CGAACCCCGUAUGUAUGUGAUAGUCACACGUGAUCAACGGCAUGGAAGAGGCUUACCAGAGAGAUCCUUGUCCCUACAGAAUUCUGGAUGACUGCGGUGCGGCCUUCUCAAUGGGCGCCAUUGGAGGUGCAGCUUUCCAUCUCGUGAAAGGCUACAGAAACUCGCCUCCGGGAGCAAGGAUGUUAGGAGCCUUGAGUGCUGUGAAGACCAGAGCGCCUGUUUUGGGAGGGAAUUUUGCUGUUUGGGGAGGUCUCUUUUCGAGUUUCGACUGUAUGCUGAUGGGCAUCAGACGAAGAGACGAUCCAUGGAAUUCAAUAGGCAGUGGAGCAAUCACAGGGGCAGUUUUGGCGGCCAGAGGUGGCUUGUCAGCUUCUUUGAGAUCAGCAGCCAUAGGAGCCAUUUUGCUAGCAUUGAUUGAAGGGGUUGGCAUUGCUAUAACCAGAAUGACAGCAGAACAAUUCAAGCCCGUGAUGCCUCAACUACCCGAUCCUCAUCAACUGCCACCGUCACCUUCAGCAGGACUUAUGCUCUCACAACCACCUACAGGAACAGAAGGACAGUAUCAGUAUCAAUAGUUAGAAGCAUAUUUAUAAUAGGAAAGUGUGAUACCGAUUAUAAGGUAUACAAAUGGCGUUGGUCACUGUUUUAUACAUGACAUCAAAAGCCAGUAAUAGCUGUGUGUGCGUGAGUCACCUAUCAACAGCACUGGCUAUCUUUGAAAUGG